AACAUGGCAACCUCUGAGCAGCUCCAUAUGCCGUUUAUCUGCUGUAUCUGGCUGCCAUAGGUGGCAGUGUGUGUGUGUGUGUGUGUGUGUGUGUGUGUGUGUGUGUGUGUGUGUGUGUGUGUGUGUGUGUGUGUGUGUGUGUGUGUGUGUGUGAGAGAGAGUGUGUGUGUGUGUGUGUGUGUGUGAGAAAGAGUAUGUGUGUUCGGAGGCCGGUGUGUGUGUGUAAGUGUGUGCGCGCGCGUGUAAGCGUGUGUGUGUGUGAGUGUGUGUGAGUGUGUGAGUGACACACUGAACGAGGGAAACGACUCGGGCCGGAAAAAAAGCGAUGGCAAAGUGAAAGCAGAACGAGUCGGUGAGCCUGCGGGGUUCAGUGAGACCGGGAGCGGAGUGAGGAACCCGUGAGGAGCUGAGAUCAACCUUCAUCCACCUCCUCCUCCUAUUCUUCUUCUUGUUCUUCUUCUUUUCUGCCAUGCAUCAUCACCAUCAUCAUCACCAUCAUCAUCAUCAUCAUCAUCAUCAUCAUCGGAGGAGGAUGUAGACCCCUCGGCCUGCUCUGAACACAACCAUUUGAAUGGGACUUUUUUGGCUUGGUGUAUUUUGGUGAUGAAGCUUUUACAUGGAGCCCCAAAGACACCGACAGCGCGCGCGGCUUCCCGGACGGCACGAGCGCGAAACGGACAAGAUCUAGACUUUAAUUCGUGUUUUUUUUCGUGUUGAAUUGAGAAAAAGAGGCGAAUUCGGGGCCUGGGGAGGAGCCUGAAUCUCUGUGUUCUCUCUUUAGAGAUAAAUCUGAAUAUUUAACGCAUCUUGUGCCUGACGGAACCGGAGCAGGAUUGUGUUCUGUGUGUGUGUGUGUGUGUGUGUUCAGUGUGUGUUCAGUGUGUGUGUGUGUGUGUGUGGGGUUUGAUGGAGCUGGAGAACAUCGUUGCUAACACAGUGCUCCUUAAAGCCAGAGAAGGUGGAGGAGGAAAGCGGAAAGGGAGGAGUAAGAAAUGGAGGGAGAUCCUUCGCUUCCCCCACAUCAGCCAGUGCACAGAGCUGAGCAGAACCAUCGAGAGGGAUUACUUCAGCCUGUGUGAGAAGCAGCCCAUAGGGAGACUGCUGUUUCGCCUCUACUGUGAGACCAGACCAGAGCUGCUGAGAUGCAUUCAUCUGCUGGACGCCAUGGAGGACUACGAGGUGACGCCAGACGAGAAGAGGAAGAGUCGAGGAGACCAGAUCAUCAAGAAGUUCCUCACCAAGCAGUCCCCAGAGUGUGUGGAUGUAUUAGAGGGUCUUGCCGAAUGCUGCAGAGAAAACCUCGAGUUGAGUCCCUGCAAAGAGAUCUUCAGCGAUUGCCGCAAGGCACUACAUGACUACCUGGGCGGAGCUCCGUUCUCUGAUUACCAGAACAGCAUGUACUUCGACCGCUUUCUCCAGUGGAAAAUGCUGGAAAGGCAGCCGGUUACUAAAGACACGUUUCGACAGUACAGAGUGUUGGGAAAAGGAGGAUUUGGAGAGGUGUGUGCGUGUCAGGUGAGGGCCACGGGGAAGAUGUACGCCUGUAAGAAGCUGGAGAAGAAGAGGAUAAAGAAGAGGAAGGGCGAGUCCAUGGCGCUGAAUGAGAAACAGAUCUUGGAGAAAGUCAACAGCAGAUUUGUGGUGAGUUUAGCGUACGCGUAUGAGACCAAAGACGCUUUGUGUCUGGUGCUGACCAUCAUGAAUGGAGGAGAUCUGAAGUUCCACAUCUACAACAUGGGAACUCCAGGGUUUGAGAAGGAACGUGUGCAGUUCUACGCUGCGGAGAUCUGCUGUGGUCUGGAGCACCUGCACAGAGAGUCCAUCGUCUACAGGGAUUUAAAACCAGAGAAUAUUCUAUUAGACGAUAAUGGCCACAUCCGGAUCUCAGACCUGGGGCUGGCCAUCAAAGUGCCUGAUGGUGAGGCGAUAAGGGGUCGAGUCGGCACUGUGGGCUACAUGGCUCCGGAGGUGAUCAAUAACGAGCGCUACGGCAUGAGCCCUGAUUGGUGGGGUCUGGGUUGUCUGAUCUACGAGAUGACGGCGGGCCGCUCGCCAUUUCGCGCUCGCAAAGAACGAGUGAAGAGGGAGGAGGUGGAGAAACGAGUGCAAGAGGAAGAGGAGGAGUACAGUGACAAGUUCACAGAAGACACCAAAGCCAUCUGCAGGAUGCUUUUAGCCAAAGACCCUAAGCAGAGGCUAGGCUGUAAGACAGAGUGUGCGUUGGAGGUCAAAGCUCAUCCCUUCUUCAAGAAUAUCAACUUUAAGAGACUGGAGGCUGGAAUUCUGGAACCUUCCUUCGUGCCUGAUCCGAGAGCGGUGUACUGUAAGGAUGUGUUGGACAUUGAGCAGUUUUCCACUGUUAAAGGAGUCAAUCUGGACCAAACCGAUAACGAUUUCUACACCAAGUUCGCCACAGGCAGCGUCUCUAUACCAUGGCAGAAUGAGAUGAUCGAGACGGAGUGUUUUAGUGACCUUAAUGUGUUCGGGCCCCAGGGGACUCGGUCCCCGGACCUGGACUGGGCUCAACCACCCGAAGCUCCACGCCGCAGCCUGCUGGACCGCCUCUUCAGGAGGAACGUGAGGAUCUCCUCCUCCUCCUCACACACAGAAGAGCCGGCUCGAGAACACAACAGCUAACUACAGACCAGCAUCCAGAGACGACCGUCGCUCGCAGCCGAGUCUCGUCUUCCAGCGUCAACUCCUCGUUGACUCAGUGUCAGACUCCGCCCCCUAGUGGACAGACGCCUUCAGGACUACAGGGAACCAGAGCAAGUGAUGUAUAGAUAGAUAGAGAGAAAGACUUACGGAAAAGAGGAACGGGUUUUUUUCUCGUCCUUGAACAUGCCAACGCGUUCCCGCUGGAGGGCAGGAGACGAAGCGACUCAGCUUUGGAGACAAUAAAGACGUUUCUUUUUUUUUUUUUCUUUUUUUUUGUCUCGUUUUUUUUUUUUUUUUAACAAAAAAGGAGAACUUUUAGCCCUCACCUCAUGCUCCCUCAGGAUUGCUGGACCAGAAUUGAAAAAUUAAAAAAAAAACAACAAAAAAAAAAAACACAGAAACAAAAAGAGCCACUGACAAUGACAACUCUUUAUUAUUCAGGGGAUUUUACCGAGGCCUCCACAGGGAAAGGAGACGAGGGGAUGACGAGGGCUUUCACCCUUCGCUCGAGGAGGGAAAGGCUAACGGAGUGGACUGAAGAGACUCGACACACACAGGCUUUCAAUUAUUCACACUCUCUCGCUCUUUCCUUCUCCUCCGUCCCUCUAUCACUCGAUAGCUCAACGUGACACAAACCUCCGAACCUCCACAUUGCCUUGCGUUUUUACACUCAGGCCAAAGAUACGACACGUACGUAAAAGUUGGGUUGCUGUCAUUUUUAUUUGAGGUUAGGCCUAAAACAGCACAACUCUUGACACGCUUGUCAGUAUUUUCCACUCGUUCACGUUUAUCUAUCCAUAAAAGGGACGCUUUAUCUAAAAACAAAAAAGAAAAAACACUUUUCACCGGUAUAAUAGUUUACAGAAACAUUAAAAAAAUUACAAACAUUUAUGAGUAGGACUUCCUCUGAAAUCCUCAGUUUAGGUCAAGCUAACUAGUCAAAUUUUAUAUUCUUUCAAAAAAAUCCAGCAUUAACCAUCUAUCUGUUCAGCGUUUAGUAGCAAAGACUGUAAAAAAUACCGCUAGGUUAAUGUAUGUAAGCUAGUUAGUAACCGGCUAGUCCGCACUAGCUAGCUUACUAGCGUUAUUAUAGACGAUUCUCAGCUAGUCAUGUCAGAAAUCCUGUCAGGUUAGCUAACCAGCUAGGAUUUGUAGUGAAGUGAUAGUGUGAAGUGAAGUUAGCUUAUUUUAGUGAGCUAGUCCAUGUAAACAUGCGUAAAUAUGUUUUAAGGAUGAUCUCAGAAGACUUGCCAGGUUAGCUCAUCUUAGCUAGCUAGCAUUAAUAAUAACGGUAAUACCCAUUGUCUGGAUUGCAUUCAGCUUGUUCACGAUCUUUUUUUUUUUAGAUGAAGCGUCCCAUAAACACACACACACACACACACACACACACACACACACACACAUCUAGAACAUGUGGCAGCUUUAUAAGUUUGAGGACGGAGUUCAACCCUCACUAUCCACUAUAAUGAUGCUAGCAUUUACUUCCUGUGUUUGAUACAAUGGAAAUUAGCCAAAUAUGAAGACAGAAAAGUUGUGGUGGUCUUUUCAAACCAGCAGAUACACAGAUUGACAGCACAACAGCCAAUCAGGGAGAUUCACUUCAUCCAUCUCAUCAUAGAUAUUCACCCUUUAACAGUUUAAGGAUCAGAUUUAGAUCUGUGUGCCGGCGAUCAGCGACCUGCGGCUAAUCGGGCGACUUCGCUCUCUCUGUGCUGCCUAUUUAGCGUCAAUACCGCUAAUCCUGCAUUCACACGGCAGCCACGUGUUCGCCUCGCGUUGCCCACGUCGCUAGCCCGUCGGACGCUAGUAGGCACGAAUGCUUCGGCGUUACUUCUGGUUGCCAUGGUAACCCUGUUAGCACCAAGAUAAUAUCAUGGUCGCCUUCACUUAGGUCCUGUGAAGUGAAGUGAAAGCUGUGUUGCACAGUGCAGCUGAUAUUCAUAAAAUGAUUACGAUAUCUAUCGAUGCUAAACAAAUCAGAAUUAAUGGCUGAUUUGGUAGUGAAACACGAAACUUUGUUCAAACAGUUAUUUAAGCUAGAUAAAUUCAUUUAAAAAAUGUUUCUUCAAAUAUAAUUUUUUAAACAUUUUGUACCUUGUGAUAGAUUUCAAAGAAUUAAACAGAACGACGGUGCCACCGUGCCUCGCUCCUAUUGGCUAACGCUUUUCUUCUUAUUUGCAUAUUUCUAUUUUAUCAGAAUUGGUAGAUUCUCAAGCUAAAUAAUUCAGAGCUUAUUCUCUAAACACUGGUUCUGUUUAUACCUAGCCGGGAAAAUCUCAAAGUCGUGUAAUCUAGCUAAUGUUUACGGUGCACUAGAAUUACAACUCUGAGAUUAUUAAAGUAUCCGUCAUGUCCCUUAACUCCACCCACUUCUCUUUGCCAGUCGCCUGCUGCGGUGUGAACGCGGGCGAACGAUGAAUUUCUGAAUGUGCCAAAACCUUCUGGCAAAAAAAAAAAAAAAACAAGAACUUUGUUGUAUUUUUUAUUUUUUUUUUAUCUGUGAACAAUUACAGAAGUCACAGCGGAGGUCAAAGGAUGAGACGCAGAUUCUCGUUGGAGAUUUGUCGAAGAAGUCGAAGGAGCCGGAUUUGUGUUAUCAUGCUGCUUCUCUGACAGUAAAAUGCAUCGCAUCGUAUUGCAUUAUUAUCGUAUCAGACAGAACCGUUACAUUUCGAAACGGUGUAUUGUAUGGUACCGCGCCGAAAGCGACGCUAGACGUCUCACCCGACUCCUUCAAGAUGCUCAGUGACUCACAUGACUGAAAACCUUCACAGACAUCUUCAUCUCCACUCCACUCAUCUCCAGAUCGUUGCCGAACGAUGCUAACGCGUUGACCGACGCAGCUCUCCUUCCAGUCUGGGCUGUUUUUCCGAAGCCGAGACUUUUUCACCGUACUGUUUACACUCAGUAAAGCAGGUUCACCUUAAACCAGCAUACCUCAACACACCACUUCACUCAUCUACUUUCCACAGCAUCACACUUCUUCACCACUCUGUGUCAUCGACACACUCCAUGCAGUGGCUAACAGCUGCAUUCUUCUAGCUUCACAUGUAUCGUGGUCAAUUAUCAAGGAUUUUGACUGAAUGUCAACCGGAGUGCUUUUUCACAAUAUUAUUAUUAAAGAGAAAAGAAACGACAAACGGUGUAAGGGACGGGCGUUGGUGUUAAUAACCGCUGUGUUAUUGAACCGAUCGGUGAUUAUGGCGUGUUUCAGACAGGUUCCUUUGACACAAACAUCGAGAACUUCAAAUGUAAAGUCAAAAUUUCAAACUUUCUCAAGUUUCUAAAUGAAAGUGUGCCAUGUUUCUUAUGGAUAAACAUGUCUAGGUUUGUCAAUAUAGGCAUGUGCUGGAAAUUAAUAUUUCAAUCUAUUAUAUUUGUCAUCAGAUUCUCAAAAUAUCCGUCUGUGUAGCUACAGGCAGCCGGUUUAACCGUCAGUGCUAACGAUGCUAACCUAGCUAGCUGUCAGAAAGGAUUCAUGUCUUCUUCAUUACUGUGGGAAUAUUUUUGAUGGAGUCUUUGGAAAAGGAAAGUCCACCGUUUUAGUAAAAAAAAUAGUUAUUUAACACACAAAUUCUAUGCUAAUAUCGUGCUAAGUAUCCUUUGUGACCUGGAAGGUUAGCAUGGGCAAGGUUAGCAUGCCUGCUGAGCAGUUUUAGUGCCAUAAUCCUAGAUGUUUAGAGUAAACAUUAACAGGGAAUUGUUGUGAUUUGGUUAAAACAUUUCGGGUCCAUUUUUUUCUCCAAUUUUUUUUUUUUUGCACAGAUAUUCCGUUAUAAUAGUUGUACAGGGUCAGAGAGCCAGUUCUUUACAGAUAAGCUAGAUAUUUUCCAGUUGAAUUUGUUCUCCGUGGCAUUUAGUAGACAGGAAGGUAGUCUCUAGUCGUUCUGCAGCGCGUGAGGACAGGAAGAUUCGCGCGAGAGCCACGCGGCCCGGUGACGCAGAGUGUGUACAGGAUUGUGUCACGUAGCUGUUAGCGGUGGUGAGAUUCUGUGUCGUGCCACAAUCAGGGUUAUGUUGUGUGAUGGUAGAAUUGUUAGUGUUUUUUUUAAUUAAAGAAAAAAAGAUUAAGGAACCCCAUUUCUUUCCUGGAGUCCGGAGCACGGGGGAGGGGGGGAAUCAGAAACGCUCUGGAGGAUUUUUCUUUGCCGUUACUGCCUCGUGUCGUCCGUGUAGACCUGUUAGCGUAUAGUGAUGGAGCUUUGUGAUUCACUCCAGUGAUUUGAUUCUUUCGGAUGACUCAUUUAAGUGACUCAAGCUUUAUGAUUCUUAUUUAUCGGACUUGCGUUGCUAGAACGAGAGUUAUCUUGUAACAACAAACAGAAACGCUGACAGCUAGCAACUACACCUAUGAUAAUAAAAGAUUAUAGCAGUAACAAUCUGCUAAAGUUGUGCUGACUGACAAUUGACUACUCAGGUAGCUACAAUCAUUUACAGCAUUUAGCGAACGCCCUUAUCCAGAGUGACUUACAAUUUAUACAACUAAGGGAUAAGGGCCUUGCUCAGGGGCUCAGCAGUGGCAGCUUGGUAGACCUGGGAUUUCAACUCAUGCCCUUCUGGUCGGUAGUCCAACACCUUAACCACUAGGCUACCACAUCCCCUAACAAGUUAACCACUGAGCUAUUACAUCCCACAAGAAGUCACCACAAUCGCCACAAGAAGUUUUUGCUAGCUAGUUAACUUGCAACAAGCUAUUUAACUCGCAAGCUUGUUCAUUUCCUGUUAAUUUGAGGUCACACGAACAUAUUGAUUUGAUUUUCAUUGAGUCUGCUUCGUUUUCAAUACUAAAAUUCUCCCUAAACAGUUAAUUCAUGGAUUACUGAGGCAGCAAAUUGUUAGCUAGCUAAAUUCUGUUGACGUGGACACGAACACAGGAGCUCGCUGCCGUGGCCAACAUCACUAACUCCGAGAUAAACCAAGAUAAAGUUCCACAUUAUACUCUGUCUGUACUAGAUAUGUACAGGCUUCUGUUAUUUUACAGACAGUCAACACAGUGUUAGCUAAAUUUGAUUAGCCAACAGAAAUCUCGACAUUAAACAAUCGUGACGUCACCACAAUAGUUUGUUUAACGUUAACCAUUCGGAUUCAAUCGAAACUGAUUCACAUGAUUCACUUAAACGAGUCGUUCGAAGAGAGCGAAUCCUUUUCUCGCGAACGGUCCGUUAGCGUUAGCCGGAAGGAAGCCGUUAGCAUUAGUAGCUGCACUAGCGUAAGUGAUUGAUUAAGGCUGAUUAUGCUGUGGUGUUUUAGGUGUUGCAGUUUCGUUCAUAGAGUGUUUCCAUCCUGAGAAUGAUGGCGUUCUGAUGAGUUAUUAAGCAUUCGUAACCAUUUCAUAGCGAGGGCCUUGAUGAGGACAUAAUAACGACGUUGAGUUUAUUUGCUAAUAUGUCACUCCCCUGUGUCUUAUUUGGAGCAUGAAUUUCUAUUUCAAUGCAUUAGCAUUACACAUGUACACUUGAUGUAUUAUAAUAUUAAUAAUGUAUGCUUUCCAUAUGCGAUAUGACAAAUGAUUUGUUGUGCGACUGCGACUGGGCAUGUGCCGAUAAUCGUGAUCAGUUCAUGUGCCUGUGUAGAUGUGCGUCAUCUCAUGCUAGUAAACAUGGCUACACUGUAUAAAGAACUAGUUCACACUCGGUAAAGUAGUCUAGCUCACAUUAGCUAGCGUGAUAGUGAACCUGGCUAGCCAUGUGGCUAAAGACGAACAAAAAUGUAUAGAAUUUGUAAUUGCGUUCGCAGCGGUACACAAAAUGCAUUUGGAGCCCAAAUUUGGUAUAAAUAUUAGCUAGUUUUAGUGACGACGACACACCGAUUAUCAGCACAUGCCUAGCAGUGACUAAGAUAAUAUGCUGCAUUAAAGGGACAUUGCCUUCUUUUUAAACAGUGACCAAACUAUUAAAAAAAAAAAAAAAAAAAGGAAACGGAAGUGGAAUUUUUUCCCGUCGUCCCUCAACAUGACGAAAAGAUUAUUAUUAUUUUAUUUUAUUUUAUUUUAUUUUAUUUCAACUGCAGGAGACGACGGGAUUCGCGGUUCUCGUUUUUCAUUUCAAAAGUCAAAUCCAAACGAAGUGCCUCCUUUUUAGCCGUGCAGUCUGGGUAGUGCCCACGUCAAGGUUUGCACUUUGUGUGUCACUUCUGUCCGUUGUCUGUGUGCGUGACACACACACACACACACACUCUUACACACACACACACACACACACACACACUCACUCACAUACACUCUCACACAAACACACACAAACACACUUACACACACACUCUCACACACACACACUUACACACACACACACACACACACAUGUGAUUUGAAGAAAGCGGUGUUGUACUACGCUGAUUGCAUGUGAAGCCGAACCUGUCAAAGUCCUUCUGAAUAAAACCUGUGCUGGCCUGAA